AUGAAGGCAGGGAACCCGCUGGGCUCAGCCAACGCCACCGUGGAAGUGGAUGUGCAGGUGCCUGUGAGUGGCCUCAGCAUCAGGGCCAGCGAGCCAGGAGGCAGCUUCGUGGCGGCCGGGUCCUCUGUGCCCUUUUGGGGGCAGCUGGCCACGGGCACCAAUGUGAGCUGGUGCUGGGCUGUGCCCGGCGGCAGCAGCAAGCGUGGCCCUCAUGUCACCAUGGUCUUCCUGGAUGCUGGCACCUUCAAUAUCCGGCUCAAUGCCUCCAACGCAGUCAGCUGGGUCUCAGCCACGUACAACCUCACGGUGGAGGAGCCCAUCGUGGGCCUGGUGCUGUGGGCCAGCAGCAAAGUGGUGGCGCCCGGGCAGCUUGUCCAUUUUCAGAUCCUGCUGGCUGCCGGCUCAGCUGUCACCUUCCGCCUGCAGGUCGGCAGGGCCAGCCCCGAGGUGCUCCCCGGGCCCCGUUUCUCCCACAGCUUCCCCCGCGUCGGGGACCACGUGGUGAGCGUGCAGGGCAAAAACCACGUGAGCUGGGCCCAGGCGCAGGUGCGCAUCGUGGUGCUGGAGGCCGUGAGCGGGCUGCAGGUGCCCAACUACUGCGAGCCUGGCAUCGCCAUGGGCACUGAGAGGAACUUCACAGCCCGCGUGCAACGCGGCUCUCGGGUCGCCUACGCCUGGUACUUCUCACUGCAGAAGGUCCAGGGCGACUCGCUGGUCAUCCUGUCGGGCCGCGACGUCACCUACACGCCCGUGGCCGCGGGGCUGUUUGAGAUCCAGGUGCGCGCCUUCAACGCCCUGGGCAGUGAGAACCGCACGCUGGUGCUGGACGUUCAGGACGCCGUCCAGUAUGUGGCCCUGCGGAGCGGCCCCUGCUUCACCAACCGCUCGGCACAGUUUGAGGCCGCCACCAGUCCCAGCCCCCGGCGCGUGGCCUACCACUGGGACUUUGGGGAUGGGUCCCCAGGGCAGGACACAGAUGAGCCCAGGGCCGAGCACUCCUACCUGAGGCCUGGGGACUACCGCGUGCAGGUGAACGCCUCCAACCUGGUGAGCUUCUUCGUGGCGCAGGCCAUGGUGACCGUCCAGGUGCUGGCCUGCCGGGAGCCGGAGGUGGACGUGGUCCUGCCCCUGCAGGUGCUGAUGCGACGAUCACAGCGCAACUACUUGGAUGCCUACGUUGACCUGCGCGACUGCGUCACCUACCAGACUGAGUACCGCUGGGAGGUGUACCGCACCGCCAGCUGCCAGCGGCCGGGGCGCCCGGCGCGUGUGGCCCUGCGCGGCGUGGACUUGAGCCCGCCUCGGCUGGUGCUGCCGCGGCUGGCGCUGCCUGUGGAGCACUACUGCUUUGUGUUUGUUGUGUCAUUUGGGGACACGCCACUGGCACGGAGCAUCCAGGCCAAUGUGACGGUGGCCCCCGAGCGCCUGGUGCCCAUCACUGAGGGUGGCUCAUACCGCGUGUGGUCAGACACACAGGACCUGGUGCUGGAUGGGAGCGAGUCCUACGACCCCAACCUGGAGGACGGCGACCAGACGCCGCUCAGUUUCCACUGGGCCUGUGUGGCUUCGACACAGAGGGAGGCUGGCGGGUGUGCGCUGAACUUUGGGCCCUGCGGGAGCAGCACGGUCACCAUUCCACGGGAGCGGCUGGCGGCUGGUGCUGGCAUGGAGUACACCUUCAGCCUCACCGUGUGGAAGGCCGGCUGCAAGGAGGAGGCCACCAACCAGACGGUGCUGAUCCGGAGUGGCCGGGUGCCCAUUGUGUCCUUGGAGUGUGUGUCCUGCAAGGCACAGGCCGUGUACGAAGUGAGCCGCAGCUCCUACGUGUACCUGGAGGGCCGCUGCCUCAAUUGCAGCAGCGGCUCCAAGCGAGGGAUGGAGUCUCGCUCUGUCACGCAGGCUGGAGAGCAGUGGUGUGCUCUUGGCUCACUGCAACGUCCAUUUCCUGAGUUCAAGCGAUUCUUGUGCCUCAGCCUCCCAGUAGCUGGGAUUACAGGCACAUGCCACCACGCCCAGCUAAUUUUUGUAUUUUUAAUGGAGAAGUGGUUUCACCAUGUUGGCCAGACGUACUCUGGCCUCUUCUGCGUGGUGGUCAACCCCUAUAAACACCUGCCCAUCUACUCGGAGAAGAUCGUCGACAUGUACAAGGGCAAGAAGAGGCACGAGAUGCCGCCUCACAUCUAUGCCAUCGCAGACACGGCCUACCGGAGCAUGCUUCAAGAUCGGGAGGACCAGUCCAUUCUAUGCACGCUGGAGUGCAAUGGUGCGAUCAUAGCUCACUGCAGCCUGGAACUCUUGGGCUCAAUUGAUCCCCCUGCCUCAGCCUCCCGAGUAGCUGGGACCACAGGCCGUCUGGUGUUGAGGCGACAAGAAUGGAGACCAUGGAGGAGUGGAGUGGACUGGGCUGUGACCUGCCAAGGGGGGAAUGUUUUAAAGGACACCUUGGAAAAAAAGGGGGUAUUAGGGCAUUUAAAAGCAAGGAUCCGAGCUGAAGUUUUCAAUGCCCUAGAUGAUGACCGUGAACCCCGACCAUCAUUGUCUCAUGAAAACCUUCUAAUUAAUGAAUUAAUUCGAGAGUAUUUAGAAUUCAACAAAUAUAAGUAUACAGCAUCUGUCCUCAUAGCAGCUCACUGCAUCCUCCGCCUCCCGGGUUCAAGCAGUUCUCCUGCCUCAGCCUCCCGAGUACCUGGAACUACAGAAUCUGGUCAACCUGUAGUUCCAUUGGACAGACAGUUUCUCAUCCAUGAACUAAAUGCAUUUGAAGAAUCAAAGGAUAAUACAAUGUAA